ACAGUAAUAAAUAUCGCGCAUGUGAAUGACAGUGUUCGUCGUCCCUUACACUAUCUCUUUCUCUCUUCCUUUACAAAGAGCUCGAUCGAUUGAGAAAAGAGCAAGAUCUGGGAUGUGCGAGGACGACAACUUCCCUAUCGGCAUCCUCCCUAAAGGUGUGCGAGGCUAUAAUCUUGAUCCCUCCACGGGAAAAUUUUCUGCCUACUUGGGCAGUAGUUGCAGUUUCUCGCUCGAAGGGUCGUACCAGUUGAAGUACAAAUCCACUAUCAGAGGUUAUAUUUCACAAGGCAAGUUCUCGAGCUUGGAGGGCAUUAGUGUGGAGCUCUUCUUCUUCUGGGUUGACAUUGUUGAGUUACAGAGGAAAGGGGAUAGUCUCAGAUUCUCGGUUGGGAAAGCUGUUGCGGAUUUUUCUAUUGAUAACUUUGAGGAGUGCCCUCAGUGUGGUUGCGGAUUGAAUUGCAAUGAUGGGCAACUAAAGAAGGUCAGAUCAAUCCCAAUUGUUUCUUUGAUCGGUUGAGAAAAGAGCAAGAUCUGGGAAUAUCUUUGCAAGUAUCUCGAAUUUUAUAAAAUUCUCAUUUUGGGUGUCAAGCAAUAUCGAUCAUUUUUUCCAUCUAUAUUGGUAUAUAAUAAUUACACCUAUCAAGUAAUGGGUUAGUGGAAAACGAUGUCACUUUUUCAGGCUACUAUCGUUGAGCAUGAUGGUUGAAUAAAAGUAAAUACCUUAGAUUUUAA